UGUGUAUCUAACCCGGCUGAGAUGGAACUUCAUUUACAGGCAUCAUUUAGGGAGACAGGUAUCCCAGUUCCCCUCUCUCAGAUAGAUACAGGCACAGGACUUGACACACGACUCUUCUAGGAACCGUUCUCGUUGUCGUACGACCCCUGAACGCUCCAACGUUUCUGGACUUCGUAAACAAGCCACUCAGACAAGCCGUAGGAGGGAACGAAACGGUUUAUACUAGGCAACACUGUUUUGCACUGAGUCCCCUUGUGCUGGUCCAACGGGAAUUUGACUGGCUAUACUUGAACGAUGCCGGGAUCCGACUGUGGCACCUUGCGCACACCCAGCUCAUGUUACAGGAGUAACACGUACGAGGGAGAAAUGAAGGAAGAGCGGCAUGAAGACGGCGGACUGUCUACCGGAUCUGUGUAUCCCCGACCAACGAUAUCGCCUGCAACGUAUACAUGGCAACCCCCACUUGGGUCAUUGUGUUCCCAAAUGCCUCGUGGUAGAGGCGCCACGAUCCAACCCCAGCCCCAAGUGAGGUUGAAACAAGUCGACAUGGGCACCACCAGAACAAUGUCGACUCUGGCGCUUCGACUGACGUUUUUUGCCAUAUUGAAAGGGAGGGAAGAAAGAAUGUCCGCUGUGCACCUGGACUCCGGGGCGGCUAGGGCCGUAGAACAGACCCUGAGUGGCCCCAGGUCGUGUGCGACCUCGCCUCCGACUUCCCUAAUGGUCGCUAAAGUUCCGGGAAGGAGGUAGCUUGUGUUUGAGGGUUCUUUCGGGCUUCUUUCUGCUUGGGGUUGUCGCUAAAGAGAAAACAUGCUAGAAAUACACAUAAUACGGGCCCUUUCCCGUGCCAUACUGCUGCGUUCCACGCGAACCAGGGGCGACCUGUCUUCUUGAGUUCCCAGCUGUCGUACGCCCGCCUGUGGAACAUGGGCGCGCUCUUCUGGUGGCUCAAUCGUGCCACGGCGGACAGUGACUCUACCCUCCCCAUGUCCACUUCGAACUCGGUCUUUUUUUCUUUUGGAGAAGUUUGCUGCAAAGACUUGAGUGUUUCGUCAGUCGAGGAGUCGCAGCCGUCUUUCAGCGGCAUUUCCACCGAACCCUCAUUGGCGGAGGCGGUCGAAGCUUGUGUAAGAGGACGAAAUUGU